UGUGAAGGUGUCUAAUUGAAUAAAGCGAUUGAUAGAUAUUACUACAACACUGUAUACUACUGAAUUACUACUACUGCUACUACUUACUACCACCAGAGCCAGCAACUACUACUUGUAACCACCACCACCAAAUGAAUUCAGAAAACAACCCUCACGAGUCAACGUCGACAUCCACUUCUCCAACAACAGGGUCUUUACCGCUUCCAAUAGCAGCAAUGGAACAGCAAGAUAAUCUAACAUCACCAAAACAAUCCACUGCCCAGGCAGCAACGUCAGCAUCACCGCCCAAGAAUUAUUCCCGGACACCGACAUCGUGGGACGCCGAAGAUGACAUUCUACUUAUGCAUCUCAAAGACACCCAGAAACUAGGAUGGAAAGAGAUUGCCAGUCAUUUCACCAAUCGUACCCCUAACGCUUGUCAAUUUCGAUGGAGACGAUUAAAGUCUGGGAACUUGAAAAACCCUCCCAAGUCAGCUGCUGCUUUGGGUAAUCAAAUCAACACC